ACCAAAACGAGAGAAGGAGAUAGGAGAGAGAGUUUGUGAGAUAAAUAGAGUGAGAGUAAUAUUAUAAUGAGUUAGUGUUAUUUCUUUUGAAGUUGUAGUAGUCUCUUGACACUACCAAAUUUUAAUAUUAUUGGGGUAUUAUAUUGUUCCGCUCGAGUAUUGUAUUUUAUCCCAUUAGAAGAUAUGGUAUAGUUACUCUUUUGUAUUAUUUACCGUGAAUAUUAUUCCCGAGCGAGAUGUUAUUUUUCCCAACAAUAUAUAUAUCUUGCAAGGACACAUGCAUGUAACUAAAAAGGAAGUUAAAGCUAAUUAAGUGCUAAGCUCAUACACUUAUAAUUAAACGGCCGUUUUCCAUAACUGGAAAUGGUAAUGGCGACAAUCAUCUCUGCAUCAAUUAUUAGCAAACCAAUUUUAAUUUGGACAUUACAGGUUCCAAAAUCCUGCAAUAUUUCUAAUGCUCAAGCUGCCCCUCUUAGACGAUCUGGAAAUUAUCAGCCUUCUAUUUGGGAGUAUACUCAAAUUCGAUCAUUGAAGAACCGAUAUUCGGGCGAGAAAUUUAUCAGACGACGCGAUGAGCUGAAGAUGGAAGUCAAGAUUAUGCUUAGUGAUCGUAACAUGAAGCCAUUGGAUCAGUUAGAGAUUAUCGAUAAUUUGCAAAGACUUGGAUUAUCCUAUAACUUUGAGGAUGAAAUAUACAGCAUUCUGAAUUACGUAUGUGACAAAAUUAGCAUAAGUAACGGAGAUUUGUAUGCUAAAGCUCUUUCAUUUAGGCUCUUGAGACAACACGGGUUUAACAUUUCACAAGAAAUAUUUGAUGGUCUUAGUGAAACUCACACUGAGGAUACAAAGGGAAUGCUAUAUUUGUACGAAGCUUCUUUUCUUGCAACAGAAGGUGAGAGUGAAUUGGAGCAAGCAAGAAAUUGGACUGAAAAACACUUGAGAGAAUAUUUGGAAAAUAAAAAUAAUGACCAAAAUGUGGCUGAAUUAGUGCACCAUGCUUUGGAACUUCCAUUGCAUUGGAGGAUGUUGAGAUUAGAGGCAAGGUGGUUCAUCAAUUUUUACAAGAAAAGACAAGACAUGAUUCCUUUAUUGCUUGAGCUGGCUAUCCUUGACUUCAACAUUGUUCAAGCAGCUCAUAUUCAAGACCUAAAAUAUGUGGCAAGGUGGUGGAAAGAAACAGGUUUAGCAGAGAAUCUGCCAUUUGCUAGGGAUAGAUUAGUGGAGAAUUUCUUUUGGACAAUUGGAGUAAAUUUCCUUCCUCAAUAUGGAUACUUCAGAAGAAUUUCCACAAAGGUAAAUGCUUUAAUAACCACAAUAGACGAUGUAUAUGAUGUUUUUGGUACUCUGGAUGAACUACAAUGCUUCACUCAUGCCAUUCAAAGAUGGAAUGCCGACGACCUCCCAGACAAUAUGAAGAUGUGUUAUUUUGCACUUGACAACUUUAUUAAUGAAGUGGCUUGUGAUGCUCUCAUUGUACCCUAUCUAAGAAAUGCGUGGACAGAUUUGUGCAAAUCUUACUUAAGAGAAGCAAAGUGGUACUUUAGCAAGUAUAUUCCAACCAUGGAAGAAUACAUGGACAAUGCCUGGAUUUCGAUAUCAGCUCCAGUUAUAUUAGUACAUGCCUAUUUCCUCAUUGCUAACCCUGUAAACAAGGAGGCUUUGCAUUACUUAAAGAAUUACCAUGACAUAAUUCGUUGGUCAGCCUUGAUUUUGCGGCUCGCGAAUGAUUUAGGAACAUCAUCGGAAGAGUUGAAAAGGGGUGAUGUACCCAAAUCAAUACAAUGUUACAUGAACGAAAAGAAAGUUUGUGAAGAAGAUGCUCGACAACAUAUUAAGCUUUUGAUUAGUGAGACGUGGAAGAAACUGAACGAAGCUCAUAAUGUAGCAGCACACCCCUUCCCUAAGAUGUUUGUUACGAGUGCUAUGAACCUAGCAAGAAUGGCACAAUGCAUGUACCAGCAUGGUGAUGGCCAUGGCGGCCAGAAUUCUGAGACUAAAAAUCGCAUCAUAGCAUUGCUCUUUGAAUCUAUUCCUCCAGCUCACCAACUAAAAGCCUUUUCUAAUAUUUGACUCAUUGCAAAUGAAGAUGUUUUUC